ACCAUUAGCCACAUGGUAUGAUGCACUAUUCCCAUGGUAUUAGUAAAGAGAAGUAGUAGAGCGGAGGCAGAUUACUUGUGAAGUAACAGCUGUUGGAUAUGCAAGCUGACCCUGAGCAGUUUCGUGUUCUAGAGAAGAUUUUCUGUGUUCACUGAGUGUGCCAUGAUGUGACUUCCUCGUACCCUGGUCAAUCUACCUACACAGAAAAAAAUGUUCAGUUUUCAGGAGGAACUAUUGCGGACGAAACCCCAUAACACCAUUUUCUGGUGAGAAUACAAAAUGUGGGGCACGAAAACCCGACAACAGUCUGAGAUUCUGGGCAGGUCCCUGUGGAGUGGAAGACAGAAAAUGUCACACCACUGUUCAAAAAAAGAUUGACUCCUAACUGAUCUCUGAAGUGGCCCAGUAACCCACUCUAACUCACACGGCUAAAUGUGAUGGCUUGGAGCUCUCUAGGCAAUGUCUACAGACUGUACUGCCGAUGUUUAACUGUUGAAGCGGCAGUGCAGCCCUGAACUCUGCUGUUCAAUGUCUUCCUCGAGUUCAGCCUCAUCUGCAGGAGCAGCUAAUGGCAGCCCAGCCGUUUCACUGCGUUCAACAAGAAGGAAGACUCGAGGAAGCUCAACAAUGAGCAGAAGAAGAAUUUCCUGCAAAGACCUUGGCCGUGCAGACUUCCAGGGAUGGCUGUUUAAGAAGAAAACCAACAAGGGCCUUAUUGGCAACAAAUGGAAAAAGUACUGGUUUGUGCUGAAAGGGACCUACCUGUAUUGGUAUACCAACCAGGCUGCAGAGAAAGCUGAAGGCUUCAUUAAUUUACCAGAGUUCAAAAUUGAUCAAGGCACAGAGUGCAAAAAGAAACAUGCAAUAAAGGCCAGCCAUUCUAAACUCAAGAGCUUCUACUUUGCUGCAGAGAAUGCUGAAGACAUGAGCACAUGGAUUAAUAAAAUGGGAUUAGCUGCCAUUGAGUAUGUCCUACCAGCCUCGGAAACAAAAACUGAAGCAGAAUGUUGGAGUGAGAGUGAGCAGGAAGAUGGAGAAGCUACGACAGAGCCACCUUCCCCAUCACAGGCAUCGCAACUACAAGUACAUCAUGAACCUUCACUUCAAUCUCCAUUCGCAUCCAGCGAAACAUCACUUUCGUUUUAUUCACCAUCCACAUCUACACCAGCAGCUUCACUGUCGCAAUGUUCCUCUCAGGGAAGUCGAUCCUGGCCUGAUGUUGUUAAUUUAUCACAUAAUGAUAUUGAAAGACAGUCCUUAAUAUCUGAUGUACAAAACAGUGAGGGAUCAUUACAGCAAGUAACAUGUGAAAAUGCUAAAGAUGAGCUGAACAGGAUUACUUCUGGAUCAGAUGAGAAUAUGACUGCAGUCAUAACACAGUCUGUUGUUGCUGGAGAAGGUACUGAAAAUUCAGGACACUCGGAUGUUUUAAACACUUGUGAGAAAGAACAACCACAGAAUUCUGAUGAAAUGGAGCAGUUGUAUAAAUCCUUAGAGCAAGCAAGUCUUUCUCCGACUGGAGAACGCCGAUCUUCAACAAAGAGGGAUUACAGGAGAUCGUUCAUAAAGCGUAGCAAAAAUCCUCUUAUCAAUGAAAGACUGCACAAAUUCAGAGCAUUAAACAGUACUUUAAAGUCCAAAGAAGCUGACCUGGCUGUAAUAAACCAACUCCUGGAAAGUUCACAGUUGACAUCAGAGAAAUUCCGACAAUGGAAAGAAGACUAUUCACUAUUGCUGCAGGAUAUUUGCAAAGGAUCCCAGUCUCAACUCUGCUCAGGGAGAAAUGCUGAUGCAAUGGAGAAUCAGGAUUCCUCAUCCAUUGAAACGGAUGUUUAAGAUUUGAGAUUUAAUUUAUUCAAAUAUGGUACUUAACUGUCUUGGUCAAGCUACACCGUUUCCUGAAGCACUAAGAGGUCCAGGACUUCCAGCAAGCCAUCACAGCCGCAAACAAUGAAAGUCAUCAACUGAGUAACAGUGUUUAUGGUGAUUUGAAGUAGUCCUUUUUACCUUUCAUUAUAGAACUAUUUUUAUUUAAUUUACGGGCAAUUACACUGAAUAAUGGCUACAGUUGUUGUUUGCAAGUAAACAGCUCUCUGAAGUGUACAAAUUUAUAGAGGACAUUCUCACCGGUUAAGGAAUGUACACACAUUCGUUGUCUAUUUUGUGGUAUUCUAUUUAUUCUGCAAUCGCUAUUGUGCUUAAAAUUGUUCCGAAGCCUCUAGCAAUUGAGAUAUAUUUGCACAUGUAAAAAUUUUGUACAUACAAAAUUCCAUUCAGCAACAAAUACAAUACCAGUGACCUCUCUGAAAGUAAAUUGGCAUACUAGGUCCAUUCAAUUCCAAUCUAUAUUUUUAUUUGAAUAGUUAACUAUUACAAAUGGAAACAUCGCCAUAUUUAAAAUGUCCUUAGAUAUGUCCUUGACCCGCAGGAUUCUGGAGCUGGUGCAAAAAGGUGGAUGAGAUGGGUUGGUUCUUUUCCAACAAUGGUUAAUUGACCUUCUACUGUGUCUUAAAUCUUCUAGCAUUUCACAUCCUACAUUUACAUUCUCUUAUUGUACUAAUCAAAGGUAUGUUGUAAAGCAUAAUAAACUGAGGAAAUACUGUCUGUUCUUUGGCCAUUAUCAGUCUCUCUGGAAUAAAUUGUCUUCUCCAUUCUCCCUUUGAGUAAUUAAGAGGAGAAAGAAUGAGAAUAAUAAUUUAUUAGAGUGAAAACUACUCUUGGGCUAUGAUAUACUCAA